AUAUGAAGCGGAGCAGGAGGAGGCUGGGAUGUUGGGUGGGGAGAGAAGGGGGUGCUUGGAAGAGGCUGUAAGCAGUGGAGGUGGUGCCAUGUGUUGGAUUCAGGAUGUGGUUGGGAGGUAAAACCACGCAGCCUUCUGGGUGGAGUUGGAUGGGGUGUGGUGGUGAGGAGGAGAGAAGAAUAAAGAUGGUUGCAAGGCUGCAGCCUGGGUGGAUGGCAGUGCCAUUUGCUGGGGGCGAGGAAGGCUCGGAGGAAGCCGACUGGGAGGAAAGGAACACAGGCACACACGCUCUAUCUUGGACAUUUUGAGUUGGAGGUGAUGUCAGCGCAGCAUUUGGAGGUGAUGUCAGAGAAGCAUUUGGAUACAGAGGUCUGGGCUAGAAACGCAAGUGUGGGAGCUCUCAGCACAGAGAUGACUCCACAAAAUGAAACCAGGACGCUUUUGGCUGCAUCUCACACUGCUUGGAGCCUCCCUGCCUGCUGCUUUGGGAUGGAUGAGCCCAGGAACCAGCAGAGGACUGAACACGGGUGGGGGAGAGUCCCCGGCAGAGAAAUCCAGAAGCUUUGAAGUCACAAGAAGAGCAGGACUUUCCGGCCACGUCGGGCUGCCGGCCUCCUGCGGAAAGAUGUUCUGCAGCCGUGGGAGCAGGUGCACGCUCAGCAGGGAGACGGGGGAGCCUGAGUGCCGGUGCCUGGAGGCCUGCAGGCCCAGCUACGUGCCCGUGUGCGGCUCCGAUGGGAGGGUGUAUGAAAACCACUGCGAGCUCCACCGUGCUGCCUGCCUGCUGGGGAAGAAGAUCGCCGUCUCCCACAGCAAGGACUGCUUCCUUAAAGGUGACCCGUGCACCAUGGCUGACUAUGCCCGCCUGAAGAAGGUCCUUCUGGCCCUGCAGACCCGCCUGCAGCCACCCCACGAAGGGGACAGCUGGCCGGACCCUGCCUCCCAGAAGCGCUUCCUGGUGGAAUCUCUGUUUAAGGACUUGGAUGCAGACGGGGACGGCCACCUCAGCAGCUCUGAACUGGCCCAGCACGUGCUGAAGGAGCAGGACUUGCAGGAGGACUUCCUGGGGUGCUCGCCGGGCGACCUCCUCCGCUUUGAUGACUACAACAAAGACGGCGUCCUCACCCUCCGAGAGCUCUGCACAGCCUUCCAGGUGGUUCAGCUCAGCCUCGCCCCAGAGGAGAGGGUCAGCGUGGCCACAGUGACCGUGGGGCUGAGCACGGUGCUGACCUGCGCCAUCCGCGGAGACCUGCGGCCACCCAUCAUCUGGAAGCGCAAUGGGCUGGCCCUGAACUUCCUCGAUUUGGAAGACAUCAAUGACUUUGGAGAGGACGACUCCCUCUACAUCACCAAAGUGACCACCAUCCACAUGGGCAAUUACACCUGCCACGCCUCCGGCUACGAGCAGCUGUUCCAGACCCACGUCCUGCAGGUGAAUGUGCCACCUGUCAUCCGCGUCUAUCCAGAGACCCAGGCACAGGAACCUGGGGUGGCAGCCAGCCUGAGAUGUCACGCAGAGGGCAUCCCUAUGCCCAGAAUCACUUGGCUAAAAAAUGGCAUGGAUGUCUCAACUCAGAUGUCAAAACAGCUCUCCCUUUUAGCCAAUGGGAGUGAACUCCACAUCAGCAGUGUCCGGUAUGAAGACACAGGGGCGUACACCUGCAUUGCCAAAAACGAAGUGGGCGUGGAUGAAGAUAUCUCCUCCCUCUUCAUUGAAGACUCGGCUAGAAAGACCCUUGCAAACAUUCUAUGGCGAGAAGAAGGCCUCGGUGUGGGAAACCUGUUCUACGUCUUCUCUGACGACGGCAUAAUCAUCCUGCACCCAGUGGACUGUGAGAUCCAGAGGCAUCUCAAACCCACAGAGAAGAUCUUCAUGAGCUACGAAGAGAUCUGUCCUCAAGGGGAGGAAGGCGCCCCCCAGCCCUGCCAGUGGGCAUCAGCAGUGAACGUCAGGCACCGCUACAUCUAUGUGGCCCAGCCGGCACUGAGCAGGGUCCUCGUGGUCGACGUGCAAGCCCAGAAAGUCCUCCAGUCCAUAGGUGUCGACCCUCUGCCGGCUAAGCUGUCCUAUGACAAGUCACAUGACCAAGUGUGGGUCCUGAGCUGGGGGAAUGUGCACAAGUCCCAACCAAGCCUCCAGGUGAUCACAGAAGCCAGCACCGGCCAGGGCCAGCACCUCAUCCGCACGCCGUUUGCAGGAAUGGACGAUUUCUUCAUUCCCCCCACAAACCUCAUCAUCAACCACAUCAGAUUCGGCUUCAUCUUCAACAAAUCUGACCCUGCAGUGCACAAAGUCGACCUGGAAACGCUGAUGCUGCUCAAGACCAUCGGGCUGCAGAGGCACGGCUGCCUGCCGCAGGCCAUGGCCCACAGCCACCUGGGCGGCUACUUCUUCAUCCAGUGCCGGCAGGACAGCCCCUCGGUGGCCCCCGCCCCGCAGCUGCUGAUCGACAGCGUCACGGACGCCGUGGUCGGCCCCAACGGCCACGUUACCGGCGCCCCGCACACGUCCCCCGACGGGCGCUUCGUCGUCAGCGCCGCCGCCACCAGCCCCCAGCUGCACGUGCAGGAGAUCACGCUGCGGGGGCAGAUCCAGACCCUCUAUGACCUGAAAGUGGGUCGGGGCAUCUCGGACGUGGCCUUCCAGCGCUCCUCCACCCAGGGCAACCAGUACUACGUCUACGCCUCGCUGCAGGCAGAGCCGGACCUGCUGUUCCUGGAGCUGUCCACGGGGAAGACGGGCCUGCUCAGGGGCCUGAAGGAGCCGCCCGGGCCCCGCAGGAUCGUGAGGGACAGCGGGCUGUUCGGACAGUACCUGCUCACGCCGGCCCGCGAGUCGCUGUUCCUCAUCAACGGGAGACAAAACGCGCUGCGCUGCGAGGUGGCGGCCGUCAAAGGGGGGACCACGGUGGUAUGGGUGGGCGAGGUAUGAAGCAGCCACGGAGCAUCGCCUGGUCCUGACCCCGUGGCCCCAAGCAGGCGCCCUGUACAUUUUUACAGACAAAAGCAAAAACCUCUAUCCGCUUUGUGGUUCAACACUGGUCUCCUUGCAAGUUUCGGUUUGCGCUGCUAACGAGAUCGGGGUUUUCGUUCAGAGGGAUGAUUUCGGCCUCGAGCUGCGACGGGAACGCGCUGCCGUGGCAGAGAAGCCUUUCUGCGCCCAGCUACAAGCCACGGGACCUGGGCGGCCAAGGAACUAGCAGCUCCCGCUGUCCAGGCGGAUGGUGUGGUCAGUGGCCUUCGCAUAGACAUUCUUUUCCACCGGGUCUGGCCAGACCUCACCCCGAUGGAGUGACCUGAAGCGGGGCCGGGAGACACAGGUUCCCAGGAACAGGGCUUUUCCUCCCGGCGUGAGAGCCACAUCCACGCUUGCUCUGGACUUCAUUUUCUCCUUCGCAGCUGCUGCUUGCUUUUCUUUCCAUUUGACUUGUUGUAAGCCCGAGGGAGAGCCAACAGGACUUACUGCAUCUUGGGAGAUGGGGAAAUCACUCACUUUAUUUUGGAAAUUUUGAUUAAAGAAUACUUUUUUAUAAUCUGAAAUGCUAGGAAGCAGAAAGAGGCUCUCUGAGGUCCAGCUGUGUUCUUCCCUGCCUUAGGCCAAGUCUCUGAGAGUCGCCGCAUCCCACAGCCAGAAAGAAGGCCGAUAGUCAUCAAAAGAUUGUGGUCCUCUAUCCCACCGACACCCCGAAGUGCACAUCAAGCCACCACAAUAGCAAAGGCUCCGUUCUGGACCGGGACCCCCCCCACCCCCCCAGACCAGGAAAACCCUGCGUGCCUGCUUUUCAUCACUGAAGGGGGACAUUUAUUAGCCAGCCCAGUACUACAGAGUCGGGGCCGGCCAGGAUUACCUGGAAGGGUGUGGGUAGCCUGCGGAAUAGCCAUCUCCAGGCUCAAUGCAAAAACCCCAAGGAUAUGAAUGGAGUCCAGGCAGGUUCCUAAGAUUAUCCCUUUUAAAAGCCGAUUUCUUUUCUGCCUGUGGCCCUUGCCCUCAGCUCUGGCCCCCUAAGCCCUGCAUCAUAUCAUGCCACAGACAGCACCUCUCAGAAUUUCCUUAUACUCGGGUCCCUCUCUCCCCACUCGCACACACUCCAAAGCUGAACAGGAUGUGGGCAGGCACUGCUGCCUUAUUUCCAAAUGUCUCAGGCUGCAGUGGGCUCUCCAGUGGGCAUCAAAGAAGUACAACCCAACAGCACGGUGAACACAGCCCAUGUGGGAGAAGCUCAGCAAGGAUGAGGCGCCCUUAGGUCUUGAAACACCCCCUUUGUCUCUCAUGCCCAUCAGCGGCCAAAGCACACCUGUAUGCUUUCGAACUUGAAUGAUCAUUUUUCAAAAGCUGCCUAGAGUUGGUCCCAUCCAGAGGUAUUGGCUAGUUUAGAUGCCUUCACCUGCCAAAGUGGCCGUGAUCUUCCUGGGCUGCUGAGGAAGGGCCCCUUGCAGGGAAAGGAAGACACAGCCUCCCCUGCCUCCCUGGAAAUAGAGCUUCUCGCUCCCACCUAAAUGCCCAGCCCACCUGCCCCAUCAGAUUUCCUGAGAUAAGCCAAUCCUCUGGCAUGUCUCACACAUCUCCGUCCACCAAAAAUACUUGUCACCAACAACUCCUAGGAGUGUGCCUCGAUGUAUACAUUCAUCAAUAUUUUUAAGGUAAAAUAGGUAGAUAUCGGUCGAGGAAACUGACCUCAAAAGCCUAAUAUUUAGUUUCAUGAUAACUGGGAAGGAUGGAAAACACAACUCUUUUUUUUUUUUUAAUUCCUGCCUCAAUUUCUGGACACAUUGACUUCCAAACUCCCCAUUCUAUUACUGAAACCCUCCAACUUUCAUGGGCCUUCUCCUUUUGGAAAACUCUUCUCAAUUGUGGCAGCCCCUGGAAGAAAAAGUCUCUGAGCCCACCUGAGGACGAGCCCCAGCCAGGCCAGAACAUCGGCCCCUCUGGGUGGCAGGAUUCUGGAAUAAAAGGCCAGUCCAGUCCCGACCGGCUGUUUAAACAGGGAGCGACUUGGACAGCGCUGUUCCUUUUCCCCUGUUCCUUCCACUUCUAAGUGUGUCUGAAAGGCAGAUUUGCCCCUCGUUGUCAUCACUGUGCUGUUACAAAGCUGGAGAGGGCCAGUGUAGGUCUUGCUGCCAGCACUUCAGACAAAGUUAAAUAGGAGCAGGGAAUCACCAGCCUGCAAACUGUGACAUUUGCAAAUACACAAAGACAGGAGGGUCAAUAUUUUUUCAGCAGUGCAACCAAUGGAACUGCUUGGGUAGGAGGCAGGGGAAAAGCUGGCUGGGAUUGCCAUCUCCCCCUCUUCCCACACUUUAGCCCCAGAAGAGGCUCGUGGAACACAGUUGGAAAGCGGCUGGGGUAGGAGGUUGUCACAACGGCCAUUGAUCCUUCUGAUCAUCACAAGUGAUUGACUAACUAGGAUGUUGCACAUUGAAGAAGUAUUGGUUUUAUGAAAAGAAUCACCCAAAAAAGCCACUUGUGUAAUGAACUCUUUCACAAUUCCUGGAUUUUGAAACACAAUUAACUUCAUGAAAAUUCAACACAGAUUUUUUUCUUCAGACUAACACACACACACGUAAUUUACACUUGUGGUGACAUUAAAGAAAUGGGGGAGCCUUCAUUCUCCUUCUGCCCCAGGGAGCAGAAACCCCUUCCCCCACAUGAAGAUUCUGGGUCCAAAAGCCCAACCAGCCACCCACGGAUUCGUGGCCAGAAGAGGGUUCUGUCUGCUUCUAGAUGCCUUCAUGGACUUCCUGCACCGGUAAGCAUGGGUGUGGACCACACGCAAUGAGGCAAAUGCCGUCAUCCCAGCCCCAGUCACCUUGACCCAGCAAGCCCUACCUGAGGCUGGCUCAGGCUCCUCUCUGAAGGCUCCAAGUCACUCCAGAGUCCUACUUCUUUCUCCAAACCCCCAGAAGUAGCUGGAAGAUCCCUGUAAAGCCUUGGCUGGGGCCACAGCGAUACCAAGCUUCCGGUUCCGUACCAUCACAGGGGACAGAAGCUCAGUCCCUGCAAUUCCCACUCCUGUCCCGGCCGUCUCCCCAGCCAGCUCCAGGUAGGUGCCCUGGAGGACGGCUCUGAACCCCAAGUAAAGCUGAGAACCCCCUGCUGCCCUAGGGCAUUGGAACUGCUGUGUCUUCAUUGAGGAAAGCAGCCUGGCUUUGUGUGGCCGCAACUUCUUUAAUGUUGACCAAUAACCUGUGAACUAUAGGAGGUUUCAGAACUGAGACGUGAGAAAGAGUCACGAUGGAUAUAUUUUUCUACAAGGGGCUUAAAACAUAAUCGAUUCAUUUUCCACGAUGUGUUUCAUUGACAUACCAUGGACCCUGCACCGUCCUCAUUACCAAAUCCUACAGGAGCAUCGAUACUGCUUCCGACUCCUUCCUACGCAUCCACCAAUCUACCUCACACCUUCCUCCCGGAACCCAGCAUCCCCAGAUGGCCAGACAGGUGACGCAGGAUGACAAGGGUGCAGACGUGAAGUCUUUUGCCAUCCUCCCCCACCCGGGACCCCAGAUCCCACUCCAAGCACAAUCAGAAUCCAUGGGGACACAGCCCCUUGCUGUCCACAACCACAUGCCCGAACCCGAGCUCACAGCCCUUUGCGGUUAGGUGACCAAGGCUAGAAAGAACUCAGAACUGUCAUGAAAGUCGGCUCUUAGCAGACAGAAACUGUGCAGUGGGAAUAGAAGCCAUGCUGUCGCGGCCAAAUCUCGCCCCUCAGAGGGCCCGAGCUACCCUCUGCCCUCCAUCCUUGCUCUGUUCUCUGCUUUCCCACUCCCUUCCUCCGCCUUGGGCCUCCUGCUCCUGAGCCACUCCUACAAGGCUCCUCGCCUGACCACCACACCAGCGCCACCUCAAUGGCCUGUACAUCCUGCUUCCUUGUUUGGGGAUCCAAGUAGAAAUCACUCCAAGGUCCAGAAGCUACUGUUGGCUCCCAGAUGAUUGGCACAUCAGCAAAAUUAUAGAGAUCAUAGAACAGAGAGUUUAAAAGAUUCAAGGGAGGCGUUCCCGUCAUGGCUCAGCGGUAAUGAACCCAACUAGUAUCCAUGAGGACGCAGGUUCAAACCCUGGCCUCGAACAGUGGGUUACAGAUCCAGCAUUCCUGUGAGCUGUGGUGUAGGUCACAGAUGCAGCUUGGACCUGGCAUUGCUGUGGCUGCGGUGUAGGCUGGCAGAUGCGGCUCCGAUUGGACCCCUAGCCUGGGAACCUCCAUAUGCCGCAUGUGCGGCCCUAAAAGGACCAAAAAAAAAAAAAAAGGAUUUGAGAGAGAAAUAUAUAGUGUUUAUCCUCAGGGUGUGACUGCAAGACCCCAAAUACCUGGUGGAAUACAAUCCACUUCCUGCUUUCGUCUACACCAGAUUACCUGCCAAGCCACGUGAGGAUUUGAGCACCAUAUCUGGGCCUUCGGGGUUUAGGCACCAGCCACCCAGCAGACACAGGGAGUCCAGCAGGCAUGGUCCCACACCUCCUUUGGACCUGUGAGCAGCACUGGGAAUGUAAGCAGACACAGUGUGUUCAAUUGUGGAAGCUCUGGGGAGAGCAGGGACCUCCUGAAUUCACAGCACCGAGUGUUGGGCGUGAGCUUGUUUAUUGGACAAAGCUGCAAUUCACACACCCCUCUUUCCAAGCUCACCUGGACUAAGAUGGGACCGUCCCUUUCCCCUGUGGCCCCAGAGAAAAGGCCACCCACCCCCAGUAGGCUGUAGAGGGCUCAGGCUGUACUCCACAAAACAGUAACUGCUGACCCCCCUCCUGCCCCCAGCCUUAGUGGCACGUGGUUCUUCACAAGGCCCCAUGGCAGGAUGGGAUGAUGCUACCUGGGGUUUCGGGGGGUGGAGGACAGCCCUCGUCAAGAUCAGAGCUUUGUUUCUGAAGAAGAGCAAUGGGUAUCAGCUGGAUAUGGGGCCCAAGAGCUUUCCAAGGAGAAUGAUCUAAGUCUCAGCAUUCAUCCACUGCCCAUCGUGACGGCCACCAUAGCUUUAAGAGUUGUUGGCCCCUUUGCUACUUCAGCUGCUUCAGAGAGGUGAGGACAGCAAUCUGCAAGCCUCCCGCCCCCCAGGCCCACAGCACAGCCUUCUGUGAUGCCCCCAGCUACUCUACCCUCUGUCUCAAGAGAAUCAACUGCCCAGACUAGCCCUGAAGAUGUGGGGGUCUGGUCAGUGUCCUCAGGCAAGAGGAAAUGCAUCUGAUUAGACCCUCCAAACCCACCCCAAACAGGUGACAGAAACUUCUAUCCUAUCCAGUGUCCCACACCCUCACCACUGGCUCCAGCGACUGGCCAGCCCCCCUCCUGUUCCUGGUCCGACCCCUUCGCACCCCACCCUGCCCUCCCUCGCUGCUUGUGCUUCCUAAAGCCCGUGUGAGAUGAUCUCAAAGCAGACUAGGCAUGGAAUACUGCUGCAGUGGUCACACACGCUUGUGUUCAUGCUAGAGUGUCCUGAACGACCCUGGAGAUACAAAGUCACAUACACACACACACACAUACACACACCCGCCAUUUGUCCCGUUAGGAUUCUCAUCCUCCCCGCACCUCAGAAAACUUCCAAAUUGCUUAUGUCGAGGCAGAUUACAUUAUUUUGAGCAGUUGUGUAGACUCCAAAAUAUAUUUUCUGGAAUCACUGGUAUUUCUCAAAAGGCCUCCUGUAAUUACUAUACAUGUGAAUUUUUUCCUUAUUUAUAAAAUAUAUAUAAAUUAUUUUUAAUACAUCAACUUUAGUAGAAAUUUGUACCAACACAGUAACUGUCUGUGGCAUCGGAAAUAAGUUUGUGUUUACUUUGACGUAUUGCACACUAUUGGACACGCCAUGUAUUUGCAGUACCACUUGAUAUAAAGACGGUUCACAGAUUAUCAUACAGUGUUGUCAUUGUAAAUGGCUCUUUUUCUGAGAAUUUUACAAUAAAACUUGAGAAAAGUUA